AUGUCUUCUCUCAAUUCUCAGACCAAUAUCAAAUUCCUUUUCAGUUAUGGAGGCAAAAUCCUCCCUCGUAAUCCCGACGGAAAACUCCGUUAUCAUGGCGGCGAAACUCGUCUUCUUUCCGUCGAUCGUUCCAUCUCCUACUCCGAUCUGAUGAUGAAAACAGCUGAAUUAUACGGUGGUCUAAUGAAUCUGAGAUGUCAGUUACCGACUGAAGAUCUAGACGCCUUGAUUUCAAUCACAUCCGAUGAAGAUCUAGCUAAUUUGAUUGAAGAAUAUGACCGUGCUGCUCCAGUUUCUUCAUCCGCCGCAAAGAUCAGAGCUUUUCUAUCUAUACCGAGAAAGCUGUCUUCUUUGAAAUCCUCAAACAUGGCUGUAAAUCGGUGUAAUCGUCGUAUGGUGAAGGUUCCAAUCUAUGAUCCUUGUCCCUGUGUUUAUCAUGUUCAUCAUGGAAAUAUGUACCUUGUUCAUCAUGGGAGUUAUUGGAAGAAUCAGGGAGAACUUCAUUAA